AUGGCCUCUUUUGUAAGCACUGGCCGUAAAAUUGUCGCAAUAGGCAGAAACUACGCCAAACAUGCCAAGGAGCUGGGAAAUGCAGUUCCAGAUAAGCCGUUUUUCUUCCUUAAACCUACAACCAGUUACGUCUCGUCUGGAGGCAAAGUCGAAAUCCCAAGAGGCGUCAUUGUUCACCAUGAGGUGGAACUUGGAGUUGUCAUUGGAAAGACUGGACGUGAUAUUGCAGCGUCAAGAGCACCCGACUUUGUCGCGGGAUACGGUGAGGGCUCAGACGCAAAUACAGAUAUGAUUCCUGAUAUGCUCGACUUUAUACCCAAAUCGUCCAUUUCGGACCCGACAAACGUCAAUCUCUGGCUGAAGAUAAAUGGAGAAUUCAGGCAGAAUGGAACCACUGCAGAUAUGAUUUUCAACAUUCCGCAGCUCAUCGAACAUGUAUCGUCAAUUAUGACCCUUGAGGAAGGAGAUCUGAUUCUCACCGGUACACCAGAGGGAGUUGGGGCCAUCAAGGCAGGAGACACGGUCACAGCUGGCAUACAGCUCCCGGGUUCAGAUACGACACUGGCAUCGCUUGAACUAGACGUCGUUGACCGCGGGGGGGGCUAUGUCUUCGAAGCAUAG